GUGUCAUGGACAGCACUGAGGAAUGUAAAUGUGCGUGGGGCGAAUCUGUCAAGAGUGAUGUCAAACAUGGAUUGUACGAAGGAGUAGAACACGUACAGCGAGUGGUUGUACAUGAACAUUGUCGCGAGUAUGCUCGCGUGUGCUCGUCGAGUGUUGCUUGCGCUGCGGAGCGGGAAGAACGCUUUACGUUGAAGGACAGUGUGGUCAGCUCAGUAGCACAACAUGGGAUCUGAGGCUCUGUACAGGCACUGCAACAGUAGAUUGGAGAGACGAGUUGUAGCAAUGUUUAUUGUCUGUGUUGUUGCACUCAGAGUACCUGCUGGAGGAUGCUUGCAAGCAGAGGACUGGGCUGGAGAGAAC